GGGCGCUCAGUUUGUCCUCGGUGAUCCGCCGCUGCUGUGUUGAGCUGGGCCGGGGCAGCAGCGCUGACAUGGUGAGCAGACCGGUGCGGGAAACACACCACCACACCUCUCACCGGUCUGCUUUCGACUUUUAACAACCAACACUUUGAUCAACAGGCUCCUUUUUAGCAGCUGCAGGCAAGUGGCUGAUCAAAAUGGUCUGGAUGCUUCAACGCACCUUCUCACUUCUACUGGCUCUGCAUGUCAUACAUUCAACUCUGAUUCCUGUGAGGGCCGAGGAGACCAGAGAAUGCAGAGAACAGGAGUACAAGGACCGGUUUGGGAACUGUAAACCCUGCAAGCAGUGUGAUGCGGGACAGGAGCUGUCAAAGGAAUGUGGCUUUGGUUAUGGAGAGGAUGCCCGGUGCGUGCCCUGCCGGAGCAGUCGCUUCAAGGAGGACCGGAGCCUACAGAAGUGCAAGCCUUGCCUGGACUGUGGACUCAUCAACCGCUUCCAGAAGGGCAACUGUUCCACCACCAGCAACGCCGUGUGUGGCGAGUGUCUGCCCGGAUAUUACAGGAAGACAAAAUUAAGUGGUUUCCAAGACAUGGAGUGUAUACCUUGUGGGGACCCUCCGCCUCCUUAUGAGCCUCACUGCAGCGGGCGUGUGAACCUGGUGCCGCUGCCGUCGGUGGUGACCAGCCCGCGGGACAUGGCCCUGGCCGCAGUGAUCUGUAGCGCUCUGGCCACCGUGCUGCUGGCCCUGCUCGUCCUGUGUGUCAUCUACUGCAAGAGACAGCUGCUGGAGAAGAAGCCCAGUGCGGCCUCUCUCAGGUCCCAGGAUUGUCCUUACGGUGGAGCAGAGCUAUCCUGCCUGGACCCUCGCUGGCUCCAUGACUUUCCCCAGAGACCCUGUUGCCAGUGUCACCUGGGCCCCGGACACACCUGUGGUCCCGUCCACCUGAUCCCAUCUCUGUGCUGCGAUGAGAGCUGCAGUCUGGGCCGCAGCCAGGACAACAGUCCCUUCCAGUCCCAGAUGAGCCUCAGUGACGGAAACACAAACCAGAAUGAGGAAGGCACCCCGAUGCAGCUGGGAGGACGUCCGGAGUCUGUCUGUGAAGAGGCUGCUGGCAUGAGAGAGCCUGCAGAGUGUUUGGGGCUGCCUCAGUGCAAUGCUGAGCCUGCAGGGAGACUGGAGGUGGAGGAAGAAGAGGAGGAUAAAGAGGAAGGGUGCAGGGAGAAUUCAGCUGAGAGGACAAGGCAGAGCUACAGUGACACUGUGACAGAUGCACUUCUUCCCAAACAGCACUCAUAAAGUCAGGAAGGAUGACAUGGAUUUCUUUGGCUCGUGUUCCACCCUUGAACCACCCUGGACUCAACAACAGCCGCGGCCAGAUCCCGUAUCAGAUUACUUAACCCCCCCCCCGCACCACACACACACACACACACACACACACACACACGCAAACCACCACCGCACA